AUGAGUGAAUAUCUCCCUUCUUUCAUCGUCGAACCCGUCCUACGCCAAGCACGGCGAUUUUCCCGCCUUAGCAGUGCUGAAGAAUCCCGGGGCCUCCUCCCUGCGGUCCCCGAUCUACAACGCUGGAAUCCCUCCCACCUGUGGAACACAUCACCCCCGCCCUCCGUGGAAGAGCCAGAUGGAGAGAAUAAGGAGACUACCGUGCAGUCUAUUGCAAGGACGAUACAAUUAUGGGCCAACCAGUUGAAUGGUGUCGAUCAGAUCCCUUCUCCUCUGGAGCCCAUGGAGGACUUGGGACAUGAAGAAGAACCAGCCACGUCAGAGUUUCCUCCCCUCGAUACAGAUGCAUCACGCGCUGUCCGCCCUGUCUCUCUUGAAGACCAUCGCACUAGCAGUGAAACCUCCCUCAAUCCUACCCGAGAGUUGCAAUACCAGUCAAGAGUCCACGAAGGCAAUACCAGAUCACGCUCUGUGUCUGGUCCACUCGCAGCUGUCCCCACCGACUCCUCCAGACCAGCAGACUUGGAAGUGGGACGAGUCGAACAUGAUGACAAUGGUUACCGCAGAAGAGAUGGAUCAGGUACUUUACCCGAGGACGAUGGGAUGGGGCCUCUCAGACAACGUAUCAGCGCUGUGUGGUCAGGACCCGGGACACCCGCGGAGAAAUCUAGGUUGGUACAUGCGUUGAUGAUGGAAAGAUAUCAAACCAUUCAGUCUCGUCGCUCUGUGAAAAGCCCCCUGAACAAAUCGCACGAUCCUUCUCGACGACCGGGAUCCCCAAAUUCCAUGAUGUCGGGAACCAGCCAAGAGAUCGUGUACAACUUAUCUCCCGAAGAUCUCCAGCCGACAUAUGCCCCUGUCGAUGCCGAUCCUCCGCACGACGACCUCGAUAAUUCGGGCGACAGCCCGAAACCUGAGCUGGGCUGCAUUCAUUACAAACGGAAUGUCAAGAUGCAAUGCAGUUCGUGUGAAAGGUGGUACACAUGUCGACUGUGUCAUGAUGAGGCGGAAAAUCACACUCUCCCUCGUCGAGAAACCAAACACAUGCUGUGUAUGCUUUGCAAUACUCCACAAACAGCGGGUCAAUUUUGCCAAAUGUGUCAUGUUCAAGCAGCCUGCUACUACUGCCCUAUUUGCAAAUUAUGGAACAACGACCCCGCUAAGUCGAUUUAUCAUUGUGAUGAUUGUGGCAUCUGUCGACUGGGUGAGGGUUUGGGCAAGGACUUUUUUCACUGCAAGACAUGCGCGGCAUGUAUGUCCAUCCAAGCUGAAAGUGCACACAAAUGUAUUGAAAGGAGUACGAAAUGUGACUGUCCAAUCUGUGGUGAAUACAUGUUCACGUCGAAUAAGCCGGUGGCGUUUAUGCGCUGUGGACAUAGCAUUCACGAGUCGUGCUUCGCAGAAUGGUGCAGUGCAAGCUACAAGUGUCCUAUUUGUUCAAAGAGCAUUGCGAAUAUGGAGACUCAAUUCCGGAGAUUGGACAGACACAUUGAAGAACAACCGAUGCCCGAGGAAUAUCGGGACAAUCGAGCAUACAUCUUCUGCAAUGACUGCAAUAGCCGGAGUGUGACGAAAUAUCAUUGGCUGGGAUUGAAAUGUACCAUUUGUGAAUCUUACAAUACAACCCAGUUGGAACUGCUGGGGGCUGAAAACACACUACAACUUCGAGAACAACAGGAACGAGCUCAGCGGGCAGGAGUUGGUGAAGCAGCGAUAACCGCCAAUCAGAGUCAGACCCCAGCUGGCCCGCGGCCACAACCGGUGGAUAUUACAGGAGCUCUUGCACGUCCCGUUGAUACCGGAGCCGAUCCGGCUACUCCCAGAAGUCAGUCGCCGUGGCUUCUGCCGCAUUCGCCCACAGCCCGAUCGGCCAGGUCUCUCUCGCCUGUUGUGGGCAGUUAUUUCGGUACCAGUCAGCGUCCGCCUGAGAGCACUGAAACUGUCCGACGUGGAGCGACUCCACUCGAAGAUGACGACGAUUUGGAUUUCUGGGGUCGCCCAAACUCCCCUAGUCAACAUGGUGGAGUGGAUGCUGAAUCUGAGUCCGAGUCGGCAAGCAGCAACAACGACGUCAUGGAGGAGGAGGAGGAGGAUGGAGAUGACGAAGAAGAUGCCAUGGAUUUGAUUGGGCAUAGAUGA